AGAAGAAAAGCGCGCUUUUUCCACAUUCUGCUCUGGUCACUUUCCUCAACUCCUAUCGCCGGUAAAGCCAAGUUGUUUGUCAGGGUAAGAGGGAAAGAGGGGGAAAUGGACAUCAAGGAUGCGGGAUCGUCACUUGAUUCUUUGGUAUCCUCAUUCAACACUCGUAUAUCGGAGAUUCAACAGCUUGUUGUAGCUCGAAACAUGUACCCUGCAAGCAGCGUUUCAGAUUUGUCAGCUAUUGACUCUGCAUUGAAGGUGUUGGAGCUUCAGCUCCACAAAAUAAAAAUCCGGAUGCGUGAAGAAACUGAAGCCAUCCCCAAAGCCAAGAAGCUAAUAGAAGCAUCGCUGCGGCAGCAAAAGAAAUUGCAAAAUUUAUCUUCUGUUGUUCCAUCAUAUGUUCCUGAUAGAGUGACUAAAACAACUGAUGAUGCUAUUAAAUGUUCAAAUCUAGAGCCCAGUGUUGAGGAUAGUUUUGUUUCUCUGAAACUUGAGGAGCCUGCACCCAAGGAGAAAAAGAGUCGCAUCUCCCCGCCGCUUUUCUACAUUAACUCUGAAGAACUGAAUUCUGUACCACCGUAUAUGAAACAGCGGAUCACUUUGGAAAAGGUCAAUGCAGCAAUAAAUGACAUGGCUACUUAUGCUGAAGCAACUUCCCAGCUUCUCACAGCCCCUCGUAAAAAGCUCAAAGAAAAUCUUGUGGAGAGAGCAAUGGAACUAAGAGAUAUUGCAGCAACAGAAACAGUUAAAGGAAAGCAUUUCUUUCUUGAAACUGACAUCAGAGGGCCUUCACUGAAACUUGACAAUACAGGAAAAGCAAUACUAACUCUCCUCCGACAUCUUGGUCGUAUAAGUGAAACUCGAAUUGGUCAUCACCGUGUGAUCCUUCUAUUGAGGCCUCACUGAAUUACAAGAGAUCAUCAGGUACUUUUUUAACAACUUCAUGUGAGAACUUGUUUUUUUAGCAUAUUACCAUUGCCUGGCAACAUUCAAGCUCUCCUCAACUGCAGACCCCUAUCAGAGGAACCUUUUGCUGUUUACAGUAUAAAAUUGCAUUAGUUUAUUGAAUUAUUGAUGCAUAGUUCAUAUUAAGGGAUUAAAUGUCAGUGACAGUGGUUAUUGUUCAGUUGACGGAUCGUUUGAUUUAAAGACAAAUUAUGUAGGCAGUAUGAAUGAUUUAGUCAUGCAGAGAUUAAUUGUCCAUGGAUUGUACUUCUCGUUGAAUAUUUAAUUUUAUGCAUUACAUAAUUAGUAUAUGA